CACUGUUGACUGUCGUGGGAGUCUAGGCCAGGCGACAUAUACCAGUGGACGACAGGUGAUAUGCGUGCUGGGAUCUGACAGGUUCCCUCAACCCGUUGGUCCUCUCGAACCACAACAGCGCAUUUUUCUGUUCAGCUAGAGAGGGGGUAUUCUGUCGGAUUAUGACAGAUACCUCCCCAGUCGCCAUCACGCAUCCAACCACGGAGCCUUUUCCGGUCACCGUCCCUCUGAACUCGCCCGUCGUUAACGGCGCUAUUUCCGACUCGAUCGCCCCUGACGAGGAGGAGCCGUACACCAUCAAAUGCAUCUGUGCUUUCGAGGAUGAUGAUGGUAAUACGGUCUUCUGCGAAGGGUGUGAAACCUGGCAGCAUAUUGAAUGCUACUACCAUGGUCGGGAUGUGCCAGAAGUGCAUAACUGCGUGGAGUGCGAGCCUCGUCCCCUUGACGGCCGGCGCGCCACUGAGCGACAGAGGCGCCUUAGAGAACAGAGCGACGGCGGUGACCGGAAAGCCAAGCGGUCUGGAGCAAAGAGUCAUAAGAAGAAGUCCAAAGAGCACGAUGAUCAGGUGAACGGCUUCCAUCACCGGUCGGAAUCGAGUGCUCGGGAUCAACCCCUUGCGAAGAAGGUCAAAACUAAUCAUCGCGCCUCUGGCUCCGUCAGCUCCGUGUCGGGUGUUCCCAACUUCGCCUCUGAUGUGCGCAAACGCGCAGCACCCUCCAUGAGCCCGACAAAGUCAUCAGGUUCCUCCAUACCCCUGUAUUCACAAGAGUUUCUCCAGCUCUACGAUCAAGAUAGCAAGGAUUAUGCAAGCAUGGACAGCAAUCUGUUCGUUAACCUUCCUCUUGCGGCAGACUUGGCUUCCUGGGUCACAGAGCCGGCGGCUCUCGCCCGGAUUGCGAAUGGGCGUUCCCUACAAGACAUCUUUACGUGGUCUGGUGCAACCCUUGAUCGGUCACGCUGGCCGACAUUGUCUAUUGAGAAGAUCACAGAUUCCAAUAUCGAGGUUGAGGGACGACACCCAACAUGGAAAUUACUCAAGACUCGCGACCAUGUGGGCAAGGAUGAAAUUGUCGGAGAGAUUACCGGCAAGAUUGGUCUCCUGCGAGACUACUGUCUUAAUCCCGAUAACCGAUGGCAAGAACUCCGUCACCCGGAGCCUUUUGUCUUCUUUCACCCUCAGCUCCCAAUUUACGUCGAUAGUCGAAAUGAAGGGAGCGUGCUUCGCUACGUACGGCGUUCGUGUCGUCCGAAUGUCACCAUGAAGACCUACAUCACGAACCAGGUCGAGUAUCACUUUUGCUUUGUUGCUAAGGAAGAUAUCGCCGCCGACUCCGAAAUCACCGCCAUGUGGUAUCUGGAUCCUCAACUAUUUGAAUCAAGCAAUGGUCUAGUCAAGCAGGAAUCCAAUGACAAUGCUCAAGAUAAUGCAGCGAUUUGCAUCAGUAAUGUCCUCGCCCACUUUGGUGGAUGCGCCUGUGUCCCUUCGUCAAAUUGUCUGCUGGCUAGCGUUGAUCGCCGACGCCACCCGAAGGUGAUGGAUGCAAAUGCGAAGCAGGCGAGUGUUAAACGGAAAAAGACCAAGCCCAAGGCAAAUAUAUCCCCGCCUGCGGCUCUGAGCCGGGCGGGGAGUGAGGUUACCAAGAACCAAGAUGAGGAAGAUCAGGCCGAUAGCCGUUCUGCAUCGGGCUCAGUUCGCGGCCAGACUCGCAGCCGUGAUCUCACCCCUACGUUACAAACUUCUACCGAAGGUUUUGUACUCGGAGAAUCUGAACUCUCAGCCCGGGAAAAGCGCAAGAUUGCUGCUGCAGAGAAGAAGUUCCAACAAUUAGAGCAAGAUCAACAAGCAUCACAGAGGAAGAAGAAGCGGACCAGUGGCCAAUCCACCCACGGUCCGCGCGACCGCCAGUCACACUCUCCUCCCUCGGGCGGACCUGUGGGCUCACUACCCGGGAUGCGUCAUGUCUCGCCGCGCAAGACGUCUGGCAGUCACAGCACCCCUUCUGCACGGUCUCCUUUGGGGCAUCUACAUUACGUGGACUCUGCAAUGCAAACAGAACCGGAUAGCAGCGAUGGUGUGCUCUCGCCGGCCUCGCCUGCUCUGUUAUCACCGCGACGGCCAAGUUUCGUCCCCCUAACACAACGGCUGCUGAAGAGGUGUUAUUCCGAUCGUGUCAAGCUCGAGCAGAGCAGUCCAUCGCCUGUUUCACCUCGAACAAUCUUUAUUGAGCACCAGGACUCGUCGCCUACUUCCAUGAGUCCACAUGAAGCGGCACCGUUGACAGCCACGACCCCCAGCGCGUCUGCAGAACAUCCGGAUAUAGUGAUGAAAGAUGUAGAUUCGCCCGUGGAGACUUCGCCGUCGCGGUCUUCUGAUAUGCAUCUUGAUGCAUCCCCGUUGUCAGGACGGGGGUCGAUCAAGCCACCAUUGCCCCCUCCCUGGCCGUCAACUGCCGCUCAUAACGCACGGAUACCUAGGAACGUCAAAGAUAAUCACCGCAACCUCAAUCUUCUUCAUCUCCCGCUACCCCCCGCUACUACACCCUCACACCAGUCAGCCACCAGCCCGGGUCCUAUAGCACCCUCGGUACUAUCAUCACCUUCCACCGAUGCAGCUUCACAGCCCCACGUUCCUACCACCCCUGUCUCUGGCGUGGCAGGCCCUAGCCCGGUGAAAAAGAAACUGAGUCUAGGUGACUAUCUCAUUCGAAGGGGCACCCUGUCCACACCUACAUCUGAGAAGACCCAAGCUCCGGUCACGGCAAUGCUCCCACCCACACCAGCUGCUCCGCCUCCGGCCAGCCGUGAUGGAGCGACCACCGGACAUAACUCGUACGCCCACACCAAGGCGGCCGGGGGACCUGAAAUGGCCAAACCAGAUGACCGGGGUGCCCAGAAUGUCACCUUGAAGGGCAUCUCCGGGGUUACGCAGACCUCACACAUACCCUCAGCGACGUGACGGUCUGAUGUUAUCUCCUGUGGACUACUACCCUGAACGCCGGGGGUUGCACGAUAUAAUAUGCGUUGAUUACUUUCUCUGUGGAACACUUUCUGCUUUUUUAUCCGUUCUUCAUUAUUCUUCUUCGACUUGUACACGAUGGGACUUGACAGGCGUUCAGCCGGCGGAGCUAUUUUGAUUUGACCGGCGUAUUCGGCGUGUUGGAAAGGGAGCGGGCUCGGGAAAUACUCCGGAUGGGUUAUGGGCAUGGGAAAUGGUUUAGGACCUUUACAGGUCAUGAUUGGCGCCGGACUGACGGGCCUGACGGAGCGGAUCAUGACGAAUGAAAGCUUCUUUGAACGU